AUGAGCAGCAACACAAAGGCUGAAAUCAGCACCAUCCCCUUCGCCGAACCCAGCUACCUCCGCGGCCUGCCCAGUCCGUACUUCCAACCCACGCAUCUGGCCUUCCAACGCCGUUGCCGCGCCUGGUUUGCCGAGCAUUUCCUACCACACGCGCUCGAAUGGGAGACGGCCGGCACCGUGCCGGCGCACGUCUGGCACACAUUCAACGCGGCCAACAUGCUCGUUCCCAACCUCAAUUCCCCGCUGCCAGUGUCCUGGCUGCACCGCUUGAAUAUCCGCGACAUCCUCGGCGUCCCCGUGCAGGAGUGGGACUACCUGCACACGGCGAUCUGGGUCGACGAGCGCGCGCGCACGGGCAUCUCGGGGCCCGGGUCGAGUCUGUCGCCAGGCUUCGCGUACGGCAUCCCGCCGAUCUUAAACUUUGGUUCGGAUGUGUUGAAGGAGAAGUUCCUGCCCGAUCUGCUCACCGGCAAGGCGCGGACGUGCAUCGCCAUCACCGAACCCCAAGCCGGGAGUGAUGUAGCGGGGAUACAGACGACGGCGGUGAAGUCGAGCGAUGGGAAGGAAUAUGUGAUCAAUGGCGAGAAGAAAUGGAUAACAAACGGGAUAUGGGCAGACUAUGCCCCCAUGGCGGUUCGGACGGGCGGCCCUGGCCCAGCAGGUAUCAGCCUGAUCGUCGUCCCGCUGAAGAACCACCCCGGUGUCAAGAUGCGGCGACUGCAUGUAAUGGGCCAGCAAGCCGGCGGGACGACGUACAUUGAACUUGACGACGUCCGAGUCCCCGUCGAGAACCUCGUGGGCAAGGAAGGCGAAGGGAUGAAGUAUAUCAUGACAAACUUCAACCACGAGCGUAUGUUGAUUAGUAUCGGCGUCACAAGGCAGGCGAGAGUCGCCCUCUCGACGGCUGUGGAAUACGCCAUGAAGCGCGAAGCAUUCGGCAAAACUUUGAUGGACCAGCCCGUUGUGCGGCACCGGAUAGCAAAAGCCGGCGCCGAGUUGGAAACGUUGCAGGCCUUGAUAUUCGAGUUUGUGUACCAGCUCAACCAUUUGAGUAAGGCUGAGGCGGAUGAGAAGCUGGGCGGACCGACGGCGCUACUGAAAGCAAAAGCGGGCAUGGUGUUCAAUGAGUGUGCGCAGACUGCCGUCCUGAUAUUCGGUGGCAAUGGCUAUACGAGGACGGGCCAGGGAGAGUUGGUGGAAAAGAUCUAUCGCGAUGUUAUGGGGGCGAGGAUCCCUGGUGGUAGUGAGGAUGUCAUGUUAGACCUGGCGAUCCGCCAACUGGUCAAGAACUUCAAAAAGCAGGCUGGAAAAACAAGAACUAAACUAUAGCCAUGGGUCCAGGAUGAGAUAAGAAAGCCGUGUAUUCUCAGUCUGGGGACAGAGAUAAUAGUGCGGUUGAAGGAUCAGAACCUGGAAAAGAUG